UCUACAGCGCUCACCCACAGCUCAGGUGCCAUGGCCAAAGUCAUUGUGCCUGGAGGGCAGAGGGGCCAUGUUCCCCUGCCCAGGCUGAUCUGUGUUCCUGGGACAUUGACUGACCCUCAUUUUCUCUCCUCUCCUCCCUCUCCAGGUUCCCUGGUCCAGGCAGCACUGACUCAGCCAUCCUCCCUGUCAGCCAAGGUGGGAGACACCAUCAGGAUCACCUGCUCUGGAGGUAGCAGCAGCAGCGACUAUGGCUGGUUCCAGCAGAAGGUCCCUGGCAGUGCCCCUGUCACUGUGAUCUACUACAAUAACAACAGACCCUCGGACAUCCCUUCACGAUUCUCCGGAUCCAGGUUCCCUGGUCCAGGCAGCGCUGACUCAGCAGCCAUCCUCGCUGUCAGCCCAAUGUGGACAACACUGUCAGGAUCACCUGCUCUGGGGGUAGCUAUGGCAACUAUGCCUGGUUCCAGCAGAAGCUCCACAGCCACGUUAACCAUCACUGGGGUCCAAGCCAAGGACGAGGCUGUCUAUUUCUGUGGUGCCUGGGACAGCAGCAGUGGCAGUUCCCUGGUCCAGGCAGCGCUGACCCAGCCAUCUAAGGUGUCGGCCAAGGUGGGAGACACGGUCAGGAUCACCUGCUCUGGUAGCAGCUACAGCUAUGGCUGUAGCAGCUAUGGCUAUAGCUAUGGCUGGUACCAGCAGAAGGUCCCUGGCAGUGCCCCUGUCACUGUGAUCUACGAUAACAACAAGAGACCCUCGGACAUCCCUUCGCGAUUCUCCGGCUCUGGGGGCACGUUAACCAUCACUGGGGUCCAAGCCGAGGACGAGGCUGUCUAUUUCUGUGGUGGCUGGGACAGCAGUGCUGGUCAGGAUUGA